AUGGCCUUCAAGAGCGGGUCGUUCGCGACCUUCCUCAUCCUUUGCCCAACCUGCUUCUUCCUAGGAAUAAUCUUCUCCCUAUUCCCAUACGACUACCCAAUCCUCUGGUCAACAGUAACAACCCCAUCAAGCCACUAUGACUACUUCGAAGCCCACCUCCGCUUCUUACACGCCAGUCCACCCCUAAUCCCGCGCAUCCUCCACAUCGUAAUCUUCCUCGGUCUCGCAGGCCUCGUGACAAAACUUUACCGCCCCUCCGAAUCAAACAUGCUCUUCGACGGCGCUUCGCUCGUUCUCUACAUGUGUGGAAUUACAGUCUACAUUGCGAAUAUCGUCAAGGGUCUUCGGCUUGCGUCGGCGGGUCGGUAUGGGGCUGAUCUUGCUGCCGGACCGGAUGAUAAGGAUCAGAUCCUAGGCCGCGAGGAUUCGCUUAAGGUUCUUGCUGCUAGUAAUACGAUUCUGGCGCUUGUGCUUGUGGGCAUUCUUGUGUUGCAGGCGGGGCAGUGGUAUGCGGAAAGGAAGGAUGCGCAGGAGUUUGAGAGCUUUGCUGUUGGGAAGAAGGAUAAGCAUGAGGGGGGGUGCGGAGGGUGUGGCUAG